GACCGAACCUUAAAUUGGAUUAGGAGCCCGAUAUCCCGACAGACAACUCCCAACUCGUUACUCGCGGCUGGAAACUUGAACUUUCCAUCUUCCGCUUCGAUAGAUUUUAAUGACUAGGACUGGAAAGAUAUCGAGCCAGCAAUCGACAAAAAAUUAACUCGACACUUUCAGUCAUUUGCGAAUUAGAUUUUAAAUGUAUUAGUAGUUAUAUGGAAACGCUUUUUACUCGAAAUGGAACAGCCGUAACGACCCUUCAUCCGCCUAUCGCCCAUCGCUUUUGUCGCCUGUCGCCAGUCUAUGCCCACGCUCACGAAUCCCGUCAAUCCACCCAAUUCCAUCAGCCACGAAGCCGAUCAACCGUGACGUCGCACCCCGAUUAUGAAUGUCGCCUUUGUCCGACAUUGACAAACAAUCCUACGAAUUCCUCUUGGUGUCUCCGAGAACUCCUCUUUUUCCCCUUGUAGACCACGAACCCCACGACCUUAGGUUGUCCGCCAAUACCUAACCCGCCAAAGUUGCGAGUUACGCCCUUUAAGACGAAUCAAGAAGCUGAGGCUUGACCUCAACCUACCUAGCCAAGACCACGAGGUCGGCAUCAUGUCUAGCUCUUUCGAGAAGUCGGUGAAGGGUGCAACCAAGAUAAAGGCUGCUCCUCCGAAGACCAAAUAUAUCGAACAUAUUCUCAUCGCCACCCACUCAGGCGAAGCUGGAGUAGGAGAGAUUUUCCGAGCGCUCCAGUUUCGGUUGCGAGACUCAACAUGGACCGUCGUACUCAAGAGCCUGAUCACCAUUCACUUGAUGAUCAGAGAAGGCUCCCCAGACGCGACACUAGGAUAUCUUGCGAAACAUCGAACUGCGCUAGCCAUUAGCUCAUUUACCGAUGCUCAAAUCCAGGGCCGAAAUAUACGACACUAUGCCGGCUAUCUAGCAGAACGAGUGCGUGCAUUUAGGGAGACGGGAGUAGAUUGGGUUCGGGGCAAAGAGACAAGAUUGGAAAAGCUUUCCGUUGAGAAGGGGCUGCUUCGGCAAACCGAAGUUGUGCAGCAUCAACUUACCGCCCUCCUGAAGUGCGACGUUCUUGAAGACCCCGAGAACGAAAUCACCAUCACCGUCUUUCGACUUCUGGUUCUUGAUCUGUUGUCGCUAUUCCAAGUGUUGAAUCAAGCCAUGAUCAAUCUCUUAGGGCACUUCUUUGAAAUGUCGAAGGUGGAUGCAGAGAGGGCUUUGGGCAUCUACCAGAAUUUCACGAAACAGACAGACUAUGUCGUGCAAUAUCUAUCUGUGGCAAGGCAAUGGGAGCCUCACACUAGGGUUGAGGUACCUAAGCUGAAGCAUGCUCCAGUUACCCUUCGACGUCAGUUGGUAGAAUAUUUGGAGGAUCCCGACUUCGAAACCCACCGACGACAGUAUCUAGCCGAGCUUGACGCCAAGAAAGGUGGUACUGGACUGUCCUCGAAAACCGACAAGGGCACUACAGAUUCAAAAUCAACCGCCGCAAAAGCAAAAGCAUCAGCCGCAUCUACUUCGGGGGCACCAGCACAAACUAGCAAGGGACCUGAUCCAGAUCUCAUCGAUUUCUUUGACUCGAUAGAGCAGAAUCAAACCUCUAUGGCCGUCCACCCGAAUAAUCAGCCACAACAUCAGAUAGGCCAAGUGAACCAACCAAUGCCUACUGGAAACCCUUGGCCCUCGAACGAUGGUUUUGCGGUGCAACAGACCGGCCAGCUUCAAGCCAAUGGGUUUGUAUCCCAACCAACUGGGUUUCAGCCCAAUAAUAGCCCUUUUCAACAACAGAACGUCGGUGCGUUCUCUCAGCAACAGCAGGUGCCGAAUCAGAUGCAACCGAGUUUCACCGGGGCUGGUUUCGGUGGCUUCACGCCACAGCCGCAGCCGUCUUUCACACCAAACACCCUCCCCCCUAUACCCCAAGACUCUGCUGCACCAUUUCAACCUGGGACUCUUUCGCCUCCUAUGCAGACGGGCAUGCAGACGGGCCUGCAACCUGGUCUAAUGCCUGGCCAGCAGAUCACGAAUCCCUUUAGGGCAUCUAUGCUGAUGGCGAAUCCGACUGGAAUGCCUAACAACUCAUUUGGCGCGCCGACUAGCCCGCAAACUCAAGCUACUAGCCUAACUCGGCAGAACACCAAUCCCUUCGCUAGAUCAUCCCCUCAAGCUGUAACACCUUUUCAAAAUCCUCCAUCGACCUCUCCUUUCCUGUCGCAACCUCCCCAAGCCCCAGUUCAAGCACCACUUCAGUCAGCCACGACCGGAACAAAUCCAUUUGCCAGGAAUUUCAGCCAGACUCAGAAUCUCCCUCAGGCUCAACCAACUCAACCCCAGAGACCUCAGACGAGCAGUGGCCUCAUGCCGCAACCAACCGGCAGCACAAAUCCGUUCCGGCAGGGCGCAUUCGUGAAUCAUCAAACAGGGAUGGGUUGGCAGCACGGACAACAGCCACUUGGUGGAGGGCUAGAUCAUAUGGAGACGAUGCCGGUAUUCCCUCGACCUGCUACACAGACACCCUGGCAACAAUAGGGUGGCAUCAUUAGGUAACUUUGGGAGUAUAAGUGUCAAACAGGAUGGAAGUAAAAGAUCAAUGCAACAAGUUACGUGGGGGGAAGCCUGCUAAUUUAUCGAAGUGCGCAUAGAGCGAGGCGUUUUCUCUGGAUUUGAUGGCUUUUCGCCCUUGCAUGCAGGACUUUUCCAGAAUGGGAAGGGAAAAUAGUGAGUUAGAUAAAUGUAACCAACAGGGGAAUUUUCCUACCGGACCAAUCCUCUAUAAACAAGCGGAUACGAAGUCCUACUGAGAGUGUGUGUUGGAGAAAAAGAGAAAGAAACAAAUCAUCGAACAGGCCCGUUCAGCCUUGCUUUACUUUGCUUUAACCACCUACCCCUUUUAUCAAAGGAGAUUCUUGUAAGAAAGAAAAGCAGGCGGAAUCUCAGAUGGCGGAUUCGCGACUUUGACUGCGGAUGAGAGAUUGGUGGUGAUGGAGGUUUUUAUCGAUCUUCAUGCUGCGGAAAAUAAACCUUGUACUAUUCAAUGAGAAAGGGGGGAGAAAGAGGAAGAGGAAGGUGAGGGGGAAGGGGAGAGGAAAGUCGGUUGACUUAAACUUGACGGACACCUUGCAAAGCAAAUCACGUUUAAUAGUAGGC